UGUGGAGGAAAGACUGCGCGCCUCAGUUCAAUCUGACUAGACUGGCCCACACUUGGCUCCAUGACUCCUGACGCACGACAAUGCGCACUGAGCCACAGAAGUUUGAGGACUUAUCUUUACGCACGGAGUUCGUGGUGAGGGGACACGGGAGCGACAGCAGCUGUGCGCCCAUGGAUCAGGCUACAAGUGUUUGUUUCUCUGCAUCCCUGUGGAAAGGCAUCUGAAUUGUGUGGAGGAGACGUGUCCUGCGUCGCUGGAGGUUCGCUGGAGUUCCAGGGGAGAUCACAGUUGGAUUUACCAGAGCUCAGAAGGCUUACAGCUGGAAUCUGUAUAGAUCUUCUGUAUUUCUGGCACCUUCUCCUUCAGUAGUGUAAUUACGCGUUUUGAACAAUUUUUGGAUCAUAACCUGGGCUGCAAAGUCCCUUUUGGAGACGUUGGAUCUGCAUUACGCACGAAAUCCUUCUAACAAAUGACAUCUUCUAAGAGGUUUGUUGCUCUCCCACUGCAUCCCCUCCUUCCAUCGCACCGAUCGACCGUGUCACAACUCCACCAGGUUUAGACGCGGGGGAGUGAAAGCCUCGCUGUCGCUUCCAGUGAGCCAGCGUGCGACCGCGGACCACCUGGUCGAGGAUGUGGGGCGGAGGGUUCCCGGCGUCUGUCACCGUGGUUGUGACAUUCCUCCUGGUCAUCAUCGAGGUGAAAGCGAGCGGGGAGUAUUGCCACGGCUGGCACGACUCCCAGGGCGCGUGGAAGGAAGGGUUCCAGUGCCCCGAGAAGAUCGACGCAGACGACUCGAUAAUCUGCUGUGGGAAAUGCGAACUGCGCUACUGUUGCGCCAGCACGGACGCGCGUCUGGAUCAGGGGAGCUGUGACAACGACCGACAGGCGCAGGAGCCCGGGACUGAGAGCAAGGACAACAAGGACUCCGGGGCAGUACCCAUCUACGUGCCGUUCCUGAUAGUGGGCUCGGUGUUCGUGGCCUUCAUCCUGGUGGGAUCUGUGAUCGCCGUGUGCUGCUGCCGCUGCCUCCGGCCCAAACAGGAACUGUCGUCAGGAGGGGCGUCAGGAGGCGGGCCCGGCGGCGGGCGCCUCCUGGAAACCAUCCCCAUGAUGGCGAGCACUUCCAGAGGCUCGUCAUCGCGCCAGUCCAGCACGGCCACCUCAUCCAGCUCCUCUGCCCCACCCUCCGCACCACGCCCUGGUCCCCCUCCUCUCAUGCGGGCUCAGGCCUCUUGCUGUCUGCCGCCUGACGCCAGCGUCUUUGUCAACAUGCCCACCAAUUUCUCUGUACUCAACUGCCAGCAGGCCACCCAAAUCAUGCCUCACCAGGGACAGUUCCUCCACCCGCAGUACAUUAGCUACGCUCACCCCCAAGCUGCAGCCUACCUGGACCCCAUCCAUGGAGGAUACAGGCCCCUGCAGUCCCCGUGCCCUCCUCCCCCCGGGGGGUCGAGUGUCAUCGGUGACCAGAAAUACCCUCCAGUGACAGUGUGACGAGGGGCCAACACGCAGACCCCUCUGCCACUUUGUUGUGAAGACUAACUUGUGAAGUUUAACAUGAGAGGGCUGCGCCAGAGACCUUUCGGGGACACUGCCAGAGUGGAAAAAGAAAGGCAGCGAGUCAAACUCACAUGAAGGACUCAUAAAGCCAUUGCUGGCAGCAGGGCCUGCCCCGCUAUUGUGUGUGGUGUGUUAUCUGUAAUGUGUGUGUCAUGUGACCUGUUGCCAAGUUGGAAUGAGCUAAGCUCGGUCUCUGAUUGGGUACGGAGGAUGCAUAAACAAUGUUCUGUCUUGAUGCAGAGAUUCAACUGCAUAUUACGCUGCCCAGAUGGGUGAUAAUGCACAGAAAACUGCAGCCUGCAGCUCAAAUCAAGACUGUGCACGUGUUUGUGUUUGCAUGCAUGUGUAUGGGAGAGUGGGAAAAAGGUUUGUUGGCUUGUAUCUGCUUGAAUGAAUGAUGACUGGAUGAUUUAUAGCAGUGGGCUGAAUGAAAAGUGGUUAUUCAGGCGAAACAAAACAAAAUAUGACCACAUGCUGUGUUUAUGCCAUGUGCACGUGUGCACUUGUGAAUGGGUUGUAAGUGGUUUAUACAAUACAGUAUGUUUGUGUUGAAGGUUUGAGGACAGACAGUAUGUGAGAAGAUGUUUGUACUGUAUGUGUGUGAGUUUGCGGGAGCGUGUGAAGUGUGGAGGGAUGUGGUCGUAUGAGUAACUGUGUGUGUGUGUGUAAUGGGAAAUGCAGGUGGUGUGAUGUGAGAGGCAGUUGCAAUCCCCCUGCAGACCAUUUAAAAUCUAAUGAAGUGAACACAGGACGCAGACUGUGACGCUCCACCCUGCUGCACAGCCUCCCUGCUGCCACCCAAAACGAAUAAACACAAAAACUUCUGGCCCGACUGCGCCGAGCGGAAACACACGGACACACCAAGCUAAAAAAGAAGUUAAUGUACGCGAGUGUGUGACGGAGAAGAAGUGAGAGGCUGCUCUCUGAAGAUUGAGGUUAAUUAUACAGCGAAAAACUACCAAAUGUCCCCCCCCCCCCCCUCGCUUCUCCCCUGUGAGGAGUGUGUGUGAGCAUGUGUGUUUGUAUUUAACACCCCCACGGCUCAGAGCGUUAGCAGAGGGCAAAGGCAGCUCCAGGGCAGCUUUUACUCAUUAUUUUCCACUUAAGAAAACGGCACAGAAAUGGUGAUUAUCAGUUGUUAAGGAAAAAAAAACAACUUUAACCUGCAUAUUUCUGUUUUGCAGCUGGUAACUCACAAGUUACAGUGAUAUGCAAUAUGAGAAAUGUGCUCCACUGAAGUGUUCAGCUUGACAUGUCUCACUACGGUAAUACUGAAACCAGUCUGUCUGUGUCCUUUGUCUGUACUCCCAGCACAGCGUCCGGAACAGCAUGCAGCUUGUGUGUGACAAAGAAACAGUGUCAAGUGUAAAAUGGUGGAUGCAAGUCAGCCCCAUGUUUCUGUCCCCUCUGUGACUCGAUGCAGGAAGGAGUCUUUUCAUAUGAAUUUCUGAAAAAAAUAAACAACUUUUAAAGCAAAAAACAUGUGUUGAGAG